AUGAAUAUCGCUAGACGACUCGUGAGCAAGAAGAAAAAGAGGUACACCGAAGGCGGCUUUGAUUUGGACUUGACAUAUGUCACUCCAAAUAUUAUUGCGAUGGGAUUUCCAAGCGUCGGAAAGGAAGCUCUCUUUAGAAAUCCAAUGGAAGAAGUACAACGAAUGUUAAAAAGAAAUCAUGGUGAGCACUAUAAGGUCUAUAAUUUGUGUUCUGAAAAAACCUAUGAACCAUCUUCUUUUGAUGGACGAGUCGAGAGAUUUCCAUUUGAUGAUCACAAUGCUCCACCUUUUGAAAUCAUGUUACCAUGUUGUAGAAGUAUGGAUGAGUGGUUGAAACAAGAUUCAAGAAACGUUGCCAUUAUUCACUGUAAAGCUGGAAAGGGAAGAACUGGAACCAUGAUUUGUGCCUAUCUUCUCUACUGUGGUGCUCAUAAAACACCAGAAUCCAGUAUGGAUUUUUAUGCCGAUUCAAGAACUCGGAACAAGGAAGGAGUGACCAUUCCCUCCCAGAGACGUUACGUCCAUUAUUUCUUUGAAUAUUUGAAAAAUGGAAUUCAAUAUCCAAGACCUAAUCUAUCUCUCUAUUUGGAUUUAAUGAUUUUAUUGAAUCCACCUCAAUCUAUUCUAGGUGGAACAUUUAAACUUGUGAUUAAUGACAAGGAUGGAAAUACAAUAUUUUCAUACAAGUAUAAAUCUAAAAAAGAAAGUGAUACCAUCAUUACCAUUCCAUUAUUAACCUCACAUAAUAGCAAGAGAAUACCCUUAACAGGAGAUUUGAAAGUAUUGUUUUAUGAAAUUAAUUUAACCACUUCCAAACAAUUAUUCCAUUUUUGGGUGAACACAUUCUUUUGUCCUCAGAAUAAUAUUGUAGUAUUACAGAAAAUUGAAAUUGACAAGAUUAGUCGAAAGAGUACCUUUCCCGAAGAUUUUAGACUCGAGUUACAAUUCAGUGAGGCUCCACCAAGUGAAGUUGAGGCUUAUUUUUUAUCCCAAAGAAAACUCCUCAAGAACAAUAGUCCAUCUUUGGGCUUUAAAAAAUCGCAACUCACUCCGACCACUACUACAGCGACCACUGCAGCAGCAUCGUCGAGUCCUUCCUUGCUCAUGGGUGCAACUACAGUUCCACAUGUUGUUCAUGGAAUUGGCGCUCUCUCAAAGAAUCAUCCCUCCUAUUCAAGCAAUAAUGAAAACAAUGAAACCGUGGACUCGAACAAUUCAGAAGAGAAUGGUGUAGAAGAUGAUGAAGAUUGUGAGGAAGAAGAGGAUGAUUCAUGUACUCCAUUAUCCUCAUGUAUGAUUGGUGAAGACGAUGAUGAAGCCAUGAAUGCAGAAGAUGCCGAUGCUUACUCUUCUGGAUGUGAAUAUAAUGAUGGAUAUCUCGAUGAGGAAGAUUUUGUACAAAAAUUAGAAUUGAAGUAUAAUCAAAUGAGAAAUAAUUAG